GGGGUUGAUGACAGGUCAUGGGCUGACACCGACGCUGUGAUUCACUCCUCCUUCGCACGGUCAAAACUCCUUCAGGAGCACCGGGAAGGGCUUGGAUGGAGUUCAGGAUCCUUCCUGCGUUAAUUUAUUUGCCCUGAAAAAGAUGGAACAGAGAAUUGCUCCUCUUUUUUACCCUGGAUUCCUUAAAAGAAAGCAGGAUGUGUACAUAUGCUCAUAGGAAUUUUAUUCUCUUAUUGCAUACAUGUCCUCGUUGUUUUUUUCUCUUAUAAUUACUGCAGGAUUAAUUAUUAUUGUUUGUGUGAAACUACAGUAGUUCUGUAUGAGCUGCUUUCUUUAGCAGAACUAUUUAGGUCGAAUAUUUUAUCUUGGCACAUUCUUUGACAGCAAACUUAGCCCACCUCAGUGCUAUGACCACUGUUCAGUCCAGCAGUUGUUCCUGGCUACAAAAUGAGUAACCAGUGCUCUCUUUACUCCUGGUUGUGUGAAGCUGGAGAAGGUGUGGUUGUAUCAGCAGAGCUCAGGUAACACCCGCUGUGAUCAGCCCAUCCCUGACGUGUGAAACAUGAGCUGGGCUGCUCAGUUUCUGAUAAUUACAGUUGCAUUUUGUGGUUUGCAGGAGUGACACAGCAAGGAUCAGAAGUGUGUCAUUCUCCCCUGAGAAGGAGAGCUGCUGCUGUACAGCUUUAGAAAAUACCACAUAAAAUUGCRAAAGUGCUUGAGUAUACAAAUGAGACACCAACAAAUGGAACACAAAUUAACCUAAGCCUACAGGAGGCUGGUGACACGUGAAAGAGGAAAAAGUGGAGAGGCCGUGCUCUGUCCUUUUUAUCUGACGUGUUGGGGUACAUUUUAGAGCAUGUUUGCUACUUAACAGGGAACUAAAAUUCAGGCAGGAGAGGUUGUAAAUGAAAGAAUCAAUAUGGGGGAAAAGAAGGCAGAACCGCUGGAUUUUGUGAAAGAUUUUCAGGAAUAUCUGACCCARCAGACUCACCAUGUCAAUAUGAUUUCUGGAUCAGUUACUGGUGACAAAGAAGUAGAGACUCUCCAGGGAGCUGGGACAGAAGGGGAUCAGAAUGGUCUGGAUCAUCCUUCUGUUGAAGUUUCACUGGAUGAAAACUCAGGAAUGUUGGUGGAUGGGUUUGAAAGGACAUUUGAUGGAAAGUUAAAGUGUCGAUACUGCAACUACGCCAGCAAAGGAACGGCACGGCUCAUAGAGCACAUCAGGAUUCACACAGGGGAGAAGCCUCACAGGUGCCACCUGUGCCCCUUUGCUUCGGCCUAUGAACGUCACCUGGAGGCUCACAUGAGAUCCCACACCGGGGAGAAACCCUACAAGUGUGAGCUGUGCUCCUUCCGCUGCAGCGACCGCAGCAACCUGUCCCACCACCGCCGGCGCAAGCACAAGAUGGUGCCCAUCAAGGGGACGAGAUCUUCCCUGAGCAGCAAGAAGAUGUGGGGGGUUCUGCAGAAGAAGACCAGCAAUUUGAGCUACAGCAGAAGAGCGUUGAUUAAUUUGAGUCCGCCUUCCAUGGUGGUGCAGAAACCAGACUACCUUAAUGAUUUCACUCAYGAAAUCCCCAAUAUCCAGACUGAGGCGUACGACGGCAUGACAAAAACAACUCAGAGUGGUGGCUUGCCAAGAGAUCCACAAGACCUCAUGGUGGAUAAUCCUUUAAAYCAGCUCUCCACGUUAGCAGGACAGUUGUCCAGCUUGCCACCCGAGAACCAAAAUCCAGCCUCUCCUGACGUUGUUUCCUGUCAAGAUGAAAAGCCUUUCAUGAUACAGCAGCCUGCUGCACCUGCAGUAGUUUCAGCUGUGUCAGCAAAUAUUCCUCAGAAUUCCUCUCCAACCAGCCCUGAUUCCCGGCCAGCACACAAUCAGAGGAACUAUAGCCCCGUGGCCGGGCCCAGCAGUGACCACAGUGCCCACACCAGUACACCCAGUAUCAGUAACAGCCAGCCCAGUACUCCAGCUCCAACCCUCCCAGUGCAGGACCCUCAGCUCCUGCACCACUGCCCACACUGUGACAUGUACUUUGCAGACAACAUCCUUUACACMAUCCACAUGGGAUGCCACGGAUUUGAAAACCCUUUCCAGUGUAACAUUUGUGGGUGUAAGUGUAAAAACAAGUACGACUUUGCUUGCCACUUUGCAAGAGGCCAACAUAAUCAACAUUGACUGAGAACAUGCUUUUGUUUAGUUUUUUAACAUAUUACAGUCUAUUUUUCAUACUUGCUGAUGGAAAGCUUGCACAUUCCCGUAAGGAAUCUUCACGUUAUUUAGUUUGACAAAGGAGGCGAAUUGAUUUCUGUGUUCUUGUAAAACUUGCCAGGGAAAUUUUGUAUYAGAUUUGGUUGUUAUUUUAAAUGUAGCCUUUCAAAAAAGCUCAGAGUGCUGUAAGGGUUGGAAUGCAUUUUCAUGCUUUGGUUGCUAAAUUUAAGUUGGUUGCACUUAAUCCCAAUAAACAUUCUGCAAAUGGAGAAGCAGAGCAUGUGUCCUGAACCAUAGGAUGUAAUUCYCAGACUGUUUACUAGGCAAGACAAGAUCUAUUGUCCAUAAAAUAUGAAAAGUCAAUGCAGUGACUUCUCAUUGUCCAUGUAGUGAUWGGACAAGCAAGGAGUGGCUUCAAAGUGACAGAGGACAAGGUUAGAUGGGAUAUUGGGAAGGAAUUCUUCCCUAGAAGGAUGGUGAGGAUCCAGACCUGGAUCCCUGCAAGUGUCCAAGGCCAGGCUGGACAGGGUUUGGAACAACCUGGGACAGGGAAGGUGUCCCUCCUUUAAGGUCCCUUCCAACCCCAACCAUUCUAUCACUCUGUAAGGUUACUUUGGAGAAAUCCUUAAAAACUUGGCUAACUCAAACAAACCRAAGCAACUUUCAYRUACAAAUUCCAUUUGAUGUAAAAGUUGCUUUAAUCUGAUGAAGGUUAGUAGUAAGUUCCUGUUUAGUGUAGUCUAAACUCUUCAUGUUAGGGCUUAAACACUAAUUUAACUAUUAGCACAAAACUAGAAGGUUAUUGUGAAUAAAACUGGUAGGAAAAAAUAGUUAAAAGCCUGUCAUUCAUGAGUUACAGAAACAAAAAAAGUAAGAUACCUUAUUUUACCUACACUCUACCAAAAUUUUACAUGUCAUUCUUUUUCAGAGGAGGCAAUUUUUAAAGAGACUUAAUGAAGAGCCUGUAGAACUAAUAUAUAUUCUGUGAGAUUUCUAACUGCCUUAAACUGAGUUGUACAGAURUUUAAAAUUUGCACAAUUAGACUUCUGUCCUGCUGAUAGAAGUUCUGAUAGAAACAAGCAAGAAGUUUACAAAUUMAAACUCUUUUGUUCAGUUUUGCAUAGGACCAGUCUACAACUGAGAGGUUGCCUGUGUGUUUGAGAGUCAUAUAAUCCAAUUUAUUGUAAACUUCAGCUGACUCAGAGGCCUGGUUUGUCCYCUCUCCCAGAUUUGAUGUGCUCUGAGUGUGCUGGGAAUAAGGGGAAGGAUCUCUGGCUUUUUCUGGGUUCCAYGUAGGAUGCAAAGGAAAACUGGCUGACUACACUGAAGUUAUUUAGGAUYUGUAGGUGACAAAUGGUUACAAGUUGUUUGCUUUGGUUCAUACUGUACAUCUUUAGAAGCCCUCAGGCUAAAGGACAGGCACUUUAACAUAAACCUAAAUAAAACAGCCAAGCAAAAUUAUUAAUUCAUGUGCUAGGUAAGAAUUUGAGACCUCAAAAAUAAAGGAAGAACUGUUACUUUUCCCCUAUUUAGACAUGCACUUUUACCUUGGUUUGUCUUACUUGAGACAAAUUAAAGCUUCCCUUAUAUAUUCCCCUUUUCCUAUCAGCAAACCAUGUUUUCUUUAAAGCAAGAAGAUUUUAUUAAUGCUCCACAAGUCAGAGAUUGGAAUCUGAAUAGCAAAUGUUUGGCUUAUKCAAAUUUAUAUUGUUGUGAGAGCUAAAACUUCCUGAAGCCAAUKGAAAAAUGCCAAUGAUCAGGGUAAGAUCAGUGCAGGAAAACYACCUGUUUAAGUAUUUUAGCUGUAGAAAUAGUUUUGACCUUAUUUAAAUAGAAAUUUGGAUACCAGACUUGUUUCUCUCUACCUGACUUAUCUGCUGUUGAAUUUCUGUGCUAAGGAACUGCUUCUUGGCUUGUAGUAACAAGAUCAGAAAUCUGCCACUGAAGUGGUUCCAGUGUAGUGAAGAUGAACAAUAACACUGUCAUUCCUAAAAAAAAUCGUUUUGUUUUCAGGCCUGGUUCAGAAUUCAUUUUGGUGGGUUUGUAAGACAGAAGGUAAUUUCCAUUUUUCAUCAUGAUGCUCUGUAAUUCUGAAAUAUCUCAUUGUUGCUUUAUACUUUUAGGAUUUAUUUUAUAAGUACAACUGUAACUGUGUGUGCAUGGAGAAUCCUAUAUGCUAAGGACUAAAAUCUGACUGAGCUGUAAUCCAGUUGGAAAUUACUGUUCCUGAGUAGUUUUUUUUCCAAUCAAAGAGGCAGAAAUGGUGGCUCUCUUUGAUCACAUAUUGAAUUUUGGCUGAAAUACAGUAUAAGGAGAACACAUUCCUCUUGAAGACAUUUACAGUUAGUAAUUUAUGGAAGUGGUUUUCCUUGCCUUUUUGAUAGAUGAUGCAAUCUCCUAUUCCUAURCUUUUGCAAGUUUUCCAAGGAAAUUUGUGGAAUGGUGGUGCUGCAGGGAGCACCUUCCAGUACUGAGUGACACUGAUCACAAGUUCACCUUGGUCUGUGGCUUUCUCCCUCCUGUAUCAUAGGGAGAGUAACUUCCAUGUGCACAGAUGUGGUUUCUGAUCCAUUAGGGCUUCUGUUGGCAGUGUUCACAUUUUUAGAGCUUUUUCUUUGUUUCGUGAUU